AUGGCUGAAGACGCUCCACCACUUUACAAUGACUAUGAUACUGAAGACGCCCCUCCAAUGGAUGCUCCCACAACCAGGAAAGACCAUAAAGGGCGGGUAGUUGGCAAAGGAGGCGUCCGCGUGGGGGUAAGGAAGGCAUUCGGCAAAGAGGUUGUGUCUUCUCAAUCACUAACGAUGCGACCUAAUGAAGUAGCAACCCUCCGAGAAGAGAUCACGAAGGACGUGCUCGCCAAGCAAAUAAACAGCAAUGAGGAGGCCCACACAUCUGGAAGGAAGCAAAGAAAACCUAAAGAGGCUAAGGGAAGCCAAGAACACACAGAAACCAACUCAUGGGACCCAAGAGAACCCCCAGACAGCAAAAACAGAACAGCAGCAGAAUCUGCUGACCAGCAGACCUUGACGGAUCGCCUGAGCACAGGUCAGGGGCAUCUGGGCCAAGGGAAAGGAGGGAAUGGCACCUCCCUACACAGACCUAGCCAUAAAGGCCCUCGAUUGUGGGACAACUUGGCCGAAGAGUUUGAAGGGUUACGUGGAAACUUGGAUUCUCACCGGAGGUUUGUAAUCAAGGCUAUCAUUUCCUUGCAUUACAUCAAGCGUAGGAUAAGUGAUACAAGCCAGACAAGGCCAUCAUUCAUACCCAUCAGAAAAUCAAGAACCACGUUCUUGGUUCAUGUGGGUUGUCUGAGUAGCAUAGAUUACGAGUUGGGAAAGAAGGGUACAAAGGAACAGUCUGAGGAAAGAGCUGUCUCUGGUCGAAUGGAUAUGACCAUGGAGGAAAGAUUGAGGGAUUUAGAAACCAGUAUGCAUAGGAUGAUGGAGAAUAGUUUGCGUCAGUUUAGAGAAGAGAUGACUGGCAUAAUCACGCAGAACCAAAUUGAUAGAGCACCAAACCCUAACCCUCGACCAUACGAAGAUAGGGCCAUCAAAUUGGAGAUCCCUGAAUUCGAUGGGGUCUCUCAUGAUCCAGACCAUUACCAGGAGUGGGAAGGAAGGAUGGAACAAUAUUUUGAGUAUAGAGAAACUCCUUUGGAUCAUCAAUUCAAGCUAGCUAAGGUAAAAUUGACCAAAUCAGCAUCCAUAUGGCUUGAAGGAUUACAGAAACAGAGACUUAGGGAAGGGAAAGGUAGGAUUAAUACUUGGGGAAAGCUAAAGAAGAAUAUGAGAAGGAAAUACAUUCCAUCCUACCACAAGCAGCAACAAUAUGUGCAGCUUAACUCAAUGAAACAGGGAAGUAGAACAGUUCAGGAGUAUCUUAAUGAAUGGGAGAGAAUCUAUGUCCUGUGUGACCUCAAUGAUCCUGAAGAUAUGAGGGUGAGUAGGUUUAUUGCAGGUUUGAGGGAUGAUAUUAAGGGACAAAUGAGGAUUACACCAGACCUUACAGUACACUCAGCCAGCAUGUAUGCUCAAGAGGUUGAAAGGCUUAACCUUAGGUUUAAUGCUGCCCAUACCAGGAAUACAAGGACAUAUGCACCUAGGAACACUAGUAAUUUGACUGCACCUAGGAGGGAGGUACCAAGCACUGGGCCAAGACCUGUCAGUAACAGAAUAGAAGCCAACACCAACCCCAAAAACAUCGUAUGUUUCAAGUGUAAUGGAAGAGGGCACUAUCAAAGAGACUGUCCUAAUGCUAGGGCCUUCACAAUGAUGGAAUGGAAUGAUAUUAGGCAAAAUACAAACCCUAAGAAGAUCUUGGUCUCCAGAAAUGGGCAAGAAGAGGUAUUAGACCCACCCAAUCUAAGUGAUGAUGAUGGCACGUUUUUGGAGGAUGAACAAGGUAAUAGGCGCCCAUUUGAGGGGGACACUGAGGAAGAGACAGGGGAGGAAUUAGAGAAAAUUUUGCCUGAGGAGGAGCACUUGAGCCUGAUCAUUAGAAGAAGUUUUCACACAACACCAUCCACAAAAAAAUCUGAUCAAAGGGAGAAUAUUUUCCAAACCAAGUGCAAGGUGCAGGGCAAGGUUUGUGACUUGAUCAUUGACAGUGAGAGUGAAUCAAAUUGUGUUAGUAAGCAGUUGAUCAGUGAGUUGAACCUGAAGACUAAACCCCACCCACACCCAUACAAAAUGAAAUGGUUAGAUAAUAAGGCAAGUGGAGUAGUGUGUAAACAAUGCUUGAUCAGUUUGACUUUGGGAACAUAUACUGAUGAAAUCCUUUGUGAUGUGCUGGACAUGGAUGCUUGCCAUUUACUUUUGGGUAGGCCAUGGCAAUAUGAUAGAAAGACCACUCAUAAUGGAUACACAAACACAUACACCCUCAGCCACAAUGGGAAAAAGAAGGAAUUAAUUCCCCUGCCUCCACACAGAGCUGUGCCUCCUACAGUAGCUAAGGUCCCUGUCCAUUUUAUAAGUAGGAGAGAGUGUGAGAAGGAAGUGAAAGGAAAUGAAGAAUUAUAUAUCUUGUUAACCAAAGAAGUACAGGAGCCCACACCCAUACCCCCUGAUAUGAAGGACUUACUGGAGCAGUACAAAGAUGUUUUCCCCACUGAUUUGCCCCCUGGUUUGCCACCUAUGAGAGGCAUAGAGCAUCAAAUUGACUUGAUUCCUGGAGCUAGUUUGCCAAAUAGACCAGCCUAUAGAACCAACCCUAAGGAAACUCAAGAGUUACAGAGGCAGGUGGAAGAACUGAUGCAGAAAGGAUAUGUGAGGGAGAGUUUGAGUCCCUGUGCUGUCCCUACUCUGUUGGUUCCAAAAAAGGAUGGCACAUGGAGAAUGUGCAUAGAUAGCCGUAGUAUGAAUAACAUAACCAUCAAAUAUAGAUUCCCUAUACCUAGAAUUGAUGAUAUGUUGGAUGAGUUGGGUGGUUCACAGUGGUUUAGCAAGGUGGAUCUAAGGAGUGGGUAUCACCAAAUACGGAUGAAAGCAGGGGAUGAGUGGAAAACAGCAUUUAAAACAAAGUAUGGAUUAUAUGAAUGGCUUGUGAUGCCUUUUGGGUUAACUGGAGCACCCAGCACUUUCAUGAGACUAAUGAAUGAGAUUUUAAGGCCAUUUUUAGGGAAAUUUAUAGUAGUUUACUUGGAUGACAUCCUCAUCUAUAGCAGGGGAAAAACAGAGCACCUAAACCACCUUAAGCAGCUGUUUGAAGUCUUGAGGAAGCAAAAGCUGUAUGCUAAGUUAGAAAAGUGUAAUUUCCUUUUACCUGAAGUCAGUUUCUUGGGCUAUAUCAUAGGCAAGACAGGAGUGAGGGUAGACCCAGCCAAGGUAAAAGCCAUACAGGAUUGGGCUACACCCAGCACACUAACACAAGUAAGAUCUUUCCAUGGGUUGGCUUCAUUUUAUAGAAGGUUUAUUAGGAACUUUAGUUCUGUGAUGGCACCUGUUACAGAAUGCACCAAACAAGGAAAGUUUGAGUGGACUGCAGCAGCUCAGAAGGCUUUUGAAACCCUCAAAGAGAUGAUGUGCAAAGCCCCUAUACUUAAACUCCCUGAUUUCACAAAGCCUUUUGAAUUGGAGUGUGAUGCAAGUGGGGUAGGAAUUGGGGCAGUUUUAGUUCAAGAGGGGAGGCCUGUAGCUUUUUUUAGUGAGAAACUAAAUAACAAUAGGCUCAAUUAUUCAACCUAUGACAAAGAAUUCUAUGCUAUCAUCAGGGCUUUUGAUCACUGGUCUCAUUAUCUAAGGAUACAACCUUUUGUGCUACACACUGACCAUGAAUCUUUGAAGUACAUAAAUAGCCAACACAAGUUAAGUAGUAGACAUGCUAGGUGGGUGGAAUUUAUGCAAACUCUUGAUUUCUCAGCUAAGUAUAAAGUGGGAAAAACCAAUGUCAUUGCAGAUGCUUUAAGUAGAAAAUACAGCAUGCUUGGGAUAUUAGGUUCAAAAAUUUUGGGAUUUGAGUUUAUCAAAGAACAGUAUCCUACAUGCCCUGAUUUUGCUGAGGUUUACAAAUUAUGCAGCACCACACCCCAAGGCUUGUUUAGUAUACAUCAAGGUUUCUUGUUCAAGGGAAAUAAGCUGUGCAUCCCCAAGAUACCCCUUAGAACCAUAUUGGUGAAGGAAGUACAUGAGGGUAGCAUAGCAGGGCAUUAUGGAAUUCAAAAGACCUUGGACAUGUUAGCAAAGCAUUUCUUCUGGCCAAAAAUGCUUGGAACUGUGGGAAAACAUGUGCUAAAGUGUGAGACUUGUCUUAAGGCUAAGGUGACCUUUCACAAAGGAGAAUACCUCCCCUUACCAGUAGCUAACAAGCCAUGGGAGCAUGUGAGCAUGGAUUUCAUGGUAGCCCUACCUAGAACUAGGAGAGGGAAAGAUGCAAUUAUGGUAGUAGUGGAUAGGUUUUCUAAGAUGUCACAUUUCAUAGCUUGCAACAAAACAGAUGAUGCUCAAAACAUUGCCAAGUUAUAUUUUGCUGAAGUAGUUAAGUUACAUGGGGUGCCUAAAACUAUUGUGUCUGAUCGAGAUAGUAAGUUUUUGAGCCACUUUUGGAAAACGUUAUGGAGGAUGUUAGGCACUAAACUGUUGUUUAGUACAGCCUACCACCCCCAAACUGAUGGUCAGACUGAAGUGACCAACAGGACCUUGGGUAAUAUGUUGAGAGCCUUGGUGAAUAAGAACAUCAGGGAAUGGGACUUGAAAUUGUGUUAUGCUGAGUUUGCUUACAACAGGGCUCCUAGUUGUUCCACAAAACACACUCCUUUUGAGUGUGUGUAUGGCACUAAUCCUUUACUUCCUACUACACUAAUUGAUUUGCCCCUCUGUGACAGCAAGCAAGUAGAAGCAGAGGACCUGAUUCAGCAAAUGGAAGCAAUUCAUCAACAAGUGCAUGCCAACUUGGAAGAGGCCAACAGAAAAUACAAAAAGCAAGCAGACAAGCAUCUAAAGGCAAGACAACCAAUCAAGGAAGGAGACCAAGUAUGGGUAUAUCUCAGGAAGAACAGAUUCCCACACUUAAGAAAGAACAAGCUCCAACCCAGAGCCAUAGGCCCAUACUCUGUUCUGAAGAAGUAUGGAGAGAAUGCCUUUGAAAUCCAACUCCCUCCUGAGCAUAACAUAUCUCCUAUCUUCAAUAUUGGAGAUCUAACCCUACACCAACCAGACGAAGAAUUGGGGACAAUUCUUUUCCAAGGGGGAGGAGUUGAUGUAAAAUCAUCAAGCAACAAAGACCUCACCAAGAGCAACCAAGAUCAAGCAAGCACCAAUGGGUUGACAUCUACGCCAAUUACACAAAAUAGGCAAAUAAACAGCAAUGAGGAGGCCCACACAUCUGGAAGGAAGCAAAGAAAACCUAAAGAGGCUAAGGGAAGCCAAGAACACACAGAAACCAACUCAUGGGACCCAAGAGAACCCCCAGACAGCAAAAACAGAACAGCAGCAGAAUCUGCUGACCAGCAGACCUUGACGGAUCGCCUGAGCACAGGUCAGGGGCAUCUGGGCCAAGGGAAAGGAGGGAAUGGCACCUCCCUACACGGACCUAGCCAUAAAGGCCCUCGAUUGUGGGACAACUUGGCCGGAGAGUUUGAAGGGUUACGUGGAAACUUGGAUUCUCACCGGAGGUUUGUAAUCAAGGCUAUCAUUUGCUUGCAUUACAUCAAGCGUAGGAUAAGUGAUACAAGCCAGACAAGGCCAUCAUUCAUACCCAUCAGAAAAUCAAGAACCACGUUCUUGGUUCAUGUGGGUUGUCUGAGUGUUUGUUCGGGAGGUAUUGUAGGACUCUGA